UACUCAAAAUGUGUAGAAGAAGAGGUGUUGGGGUGACAGACUGGGCGGAGGAAAACAGUGGCAAGUCUCGGUAGUCCAGGUUGUGCCUGUAGCGUUGUAUCUCACUUUGAUAAAAUUCGUUUAGAAUAGACUUAUCAAACUAAAUUAACGUAAGCACGAUCAACUGAAACAGUAGGUACCAGCUAACUGGUUAAACUGGAAAUUAAUUAACUAGCUGUGAGUGUGACUAGCCUACACAAUUCCUUUUGGAAGAGUACGUAGUGGGCACAUAAUUUGCAAAUUCCACUGAAAUAUUAUGUAGGUAAUGUUACAGUCGCCUUGCAGGCUACUGAGCAAUUUGGCUGUUUUCCUACUGUAGUAAGGAAAGAAGAAAAGAAAGAAGAAACGGCGAGAACAUUGCCAUCCCGGCCACAACAGCAAUAACGUUGCAUAGCCAUGAUGAUGACUCCCUGUGACGUUGACUAUGCCCUGCAAACGUUGAUGUCGAAAAUUAAAGAGAGAGAGCUGGAGUCGCAACGGGCACUGAACGAACAAGAUGUUGCAAACAGACUUUUGAAACUGCAGCUUCAGGAACUACAGAACAAACUGAAGGAAAAGGACUACCAGUUAGCGGAUGCCAAUGAGACGAUUCGUGCUCUGAGGAGUGUGACUCAGAUCAUCACCGGUCUGCAGGAUGAGAUCAGGGCCCUGCGCACACAGCUGCUGGCGUCCCACGCUCAUAAACAUCGACUUGUUGACACACAGAUGCAGGACCCAGAAGUCCUCGCCAGCCCAGUCAGAACACAGGCGUCUGAUGACAUGACCCAUCACACUCUUGAUGACAUGACCCAUCAUACUCUUUUCCACCCCACUGAAGCUGGCCCCAUGGCUCCAGACUACAUUACCCAGAAUUCCACUCAAGAAUGCACCCUUCUGAAACUCAUCUCUGAUUGUGGCAGGACAACCGAUGUGGCUGUUCCAGGGGUCAAACAGGAGGAGCAGGAAGUUUUAAUGGAUGAAGGGGAAGGAAGAGGGCACGAGGACAGGGAGACCGAGGGGCAGGUCCCUGAUGAGUCGGUGAAGGUGGAGAACAGCGAGUGGGACGGGGGCUUUGAAUAUAGCCAUGCAGCACACGACAGUGGAGAACUACCAGACAAUGACUCUUCAUAUGCCUACAGUAAUCAUGAUAUGGCCGCCAUAGAAGCGGCAACAUCCAGCUCUUCGUCUCAUUCCUCAGAUUCACCUGCGGUUCAGAAUGCAACCCAAACUCGAAAAAGGCAGUUGGUGGAAGCUCCUCUUGACAGCCAUUCAGCAAGUGUGAUUGUCCAGACCGCGCUCCGUUCCAAGCUUGGGGGUGACAGGAUAUUUCAGGAGUACAAUAAGAUGAAAUGUCUCUCCGAUGCAACAAGGAGGAAGAUGGUGAACAUACUGGUGGCGGACAUGAUGGAAAAUCAUGGAAGACCCCCACCAGUGAAUGUCCGUGUGUCCUACGCCCUCGGAAUAGUAACCUUAUUCCCUCUCUUAAAGGAUCUGAAUUCCAAGAACGGUUAUGAGCACUACUACGACCAUCAGAGUGGUUCUGGUUACUUGGCCUGGAGGUUGAAAACAGUCCAGCGCUCCUCAUCCAGUCACAUCCCGAGAUCUUUCUCCACCUAUCAGGACGGCCCGAGACGUCUCUCAACCUAUCAGGACGUCCCGAGACGUCUCUCAACCUAUCAGGACGUCCCGAGACGUCCGUCCACCUAUCAGGAUGGCCCAAGGACGCGGCGACCGGCCCACUCGGCACCUCCGCAGAUCUCGGCUGAGCAGUGUCAAGAGGCCGUGAUGCUGAUGAGAGGCUCUGACGACGUGGCGCUCGUGAGGGAGAACAUGAAGGCCACGUUCGAGCGCCGACAGGAUGUGGUGCACGACCCCGAGACGACCUCCGCUGCAGCCGUGCUCGACCUUUUCCCGCGCUUCCUGGACACGCCUGGCUUGGUUAAUCAGGACUUCACCAUGCUGUUUGGAGAGGAGGUGUCAGGCCGAUUUCUGUCGCGGUGGCAGACGUUCUACAAGCCCAGGAUCAUCGACGACUGUAAGCGACUUCCCCACGGCACACACAUGGACAGCCUCCUCUUCCUGUCAUCACUGAGCCAGCCGUCUGAAUGGUCCGAAGAUUGGGAUAGUGACCUGGCAACCAUACUCUUGCUCUUGCAUCUUUUGCCGCCAACUUCAAAGGGCAAGAAGCACAAGAAGAUUAGUGCUGCGGAAGCUGGUGAUCAUCUGGUGAAAUUCAUGAAAACGGGCCACAGCAUGGAGAACUUCCUUGAGGAAGCUCGAGCAGCACCCCCGUUCCUCCUCUGUGUUGGGGAGAGAAAGAGCAGCAUUCAGAAUUUCUUUGUCGUUCUGGAACAAAAGGCCAUCCCCUGCGAAGUGAACACUGCCACCGCGGCCUUCGACGAACUCUUCAAGGCGCACUUUGUGUUCGGGCGGUCCUACGACGAGCCUCUGUACAACUUUUUCACGUUCCUGCAGACCACGGUGUACGGCAUUGACGUGGGCAGCGCCAAGGAGAGCCCGAGAGUCCGAGAGAUUCGCGCCAGACUUCUUAACAACAGCCACUGAAUGCAAUAGAGACAAAAUCACACAAGUGUGGCUUGUGAUGUGUCUUUGUGUGUUGUUGUUAUUAUGGUGUUAUUUUCACAUUGAAAGUUUGACUUAUUUUAGGUUAAAAAGUUUGCUGUAUUUGUACAGUUUUGUUGUUCCUCAGAUUAUGUAUUAGACUGUACAGGCACCACAACAGUUAUGGAUCCGGGUGAUUCUUGUGCUGGUGCAGACAAUCGUAGGAUGCCGUCAGUAGGUCGUUUCAGUAUUAAUCAGGAGCAUGUGAAGUAUACUGUAGGUUUGCUACAGCGACCUGAAAUAUGUUCUCAGGCUAAUAAGUUCUCAGAAAUCAGCCCCCACACUUCUGAUUAUGUAGAUUCACAAGUGUUUGAAUUCUUGACUACACUGUUUGUGGUCGAUAGAGUGUACCUUUCAAUCUUUUCAAAUUGCUUUUUUACAUCAUAUACAGUAUAUAUAUUUUCUUUUUACAUUUUUGAGUAGUGUGUGCUAUAUCAUGAAGCUUCAUUUUUCACCAGUAUACUUUGAAAUGGUGAAAUUUGAUACAGUAUUAACAUAUAACACUGUUUUGUUUACUGUUCUUGAUAAAUUCAUUAAACAUGCAAAUGUUUAU